UACACGGAUAUUCUCCUCAGGAAAUCUGUCGGCACAAAAAAAAAUCACCCCUGUGCUUCCAUCUGUUUUGCUUAAAAUUUGAAAAGAAUAAGACUCUACUCUAGAUCUAGAUUCUCUAUAUUUGGAAAGAAAUCUAGAUCUAUAUAGACUCUAUAUAUCUAUUCGAACCUGUUGUAGUGUUGUCAAUAAAAGGAUAAAACUCAGCCUAAAUAAUGCGUCGCCCACCUAGGCCAAUGGGACCACUUGGAAUGGGUCACCCUGGAAUGGGUCCCUUAAGGCCUCGUGGUCCACUUCCUCAUCUAGUCCCUCGAGGGCCAAUACCAGGCCUGGGAAUGCCACUUCCAGGUUUAGGACCCAUUCCACCAGUACCAAUGGUCAGCAGUUGCACUAACUCAAAUGACCCUGCCUCAAUGGACUCUCGGCUGUUUGUUGGUAACCUCAACACUGUUGCUUUGAACAAGGAAGCUAUUGAAGGCAUUUUCAGCAGGUAUGGGAUGAUCAUGGGCAUCUCAAUGCACAAAGGUUAUGCUUUUGUCCAGUUCAGUCAUCCUGAUGAGGCCAGACGUGCAGGUGCCAGUGAAGAUGGUAAACACUAUGCUGGACAGGCAAUAGAUAUCAAUAUAGUGUCUCAGCCUAAAAACAGAAAUGCGCUGAAGCGCUCUGCUGGUGGGAGAUCAGUAAAUGAUACCAGCCCAGCCAAAAAAUCUCGAUCUGACAUCCCUGGCACCAAUCAGUCAUUACAGAGAACUUUGGUCACAUUGAGUGGGCCUACAGAUACAUCCAACAAAAGGAUGGCGGCAAACAAUGCAGUUAAGCGUGCCCUGGCUACAGUUUCCAAAAAGACUGUUUCAAAAUCUCCUGCAGUUUCUAGACCAGCUUCCACCACAAAUAAGAUAGCCACACCCAACAAACCAGUUGCUGUCAAAACAACUUGGCCAGAUGUUUUGAUUUGUGGUGUUUGUAAGCUCCAGUUUACCAGUCUUCACAAUCUUGCUCAACACAAGAAAAUACCAUGUCAGCUGCGAGUUAGCACACAAGCUAAAGAAGCUGUUUCUCCCAAUCAAGUGACUGGUGAACCAGCCAUAUUAGUAUGUGCACAGUGUGACACUCAGUUUAACACAGCCUGGGCCUUGUGUCUCCAUUGUACUGAGGAACACAGUAUGAGUAUCUACAAAAAAGAGGGGGACACUGCUGUGAAGGAGGAUCCCAAAGAAGAAGCAGUGAAAGUGGUUGACUCUCCGACUAACAGCACCAAUGUAAAGGACAGUGGCAAGUGAUAGACUAUCUGCUGGUUGGUCUCAACAAUCAAAUCAUUACACAAUGACUUUUUGAUCUGAUGAAAAAAUGAAGGCAUUUUUACAUAAAAACAGAAAACCAGAUACAUGAUUUUUUUUUUUUAAAUUGACAUCAUCAAACUAUGUGUACAUUUUUAAACAAUUUGUUUUGUUUUGUUUUGCUCCCAUUGAUUGAGUGUAUUCUUGGCAUUAUUGUGAAAUGUUAUUUGGUAUUAUUCAAUAAUUGUGUGUGUUCACUCCCAUUGUUGUUCAUCUAAAAAUUAAAUAUUUUUAUAUGACCAUUAAGUAAAUUGUUUGUGUCAUCUAAAUAUUUUAUGCCCAUCUCUUCAAAUGAUUGUCAAGGUUUUAUUCUGAGAGAUCUUUGAUAUAUAAAAAUUUAUUUUCUUUUCAAUAAUUUCAAUAGGGACAUCGUACAUUAUCGUUUUAUUAAUUGUUCACACUAAUUACUAUAAUUUUGUACGCAAAACAUUUUUUUUUUAAAGUUUGAACUUUAUUUUUUUAUUUUUUUUUGGUUUGAUUCAAUGUUUAAUCCCAAACUGUAAUGGCUAGUUGACUACAUUUGACCUACUGUGCAGUUGCUUGUCUCAUUCCUCUCACAGUCAGAGUGUCCCUGCCCCAUCACUCUUCAUAGUUCUGUGCUUUUACAAACUUGUUUAUUUACUUGAAGUGUAAAAUAAAAGUGCUCAUAAAUUGAAUGGAAUGAAAGGAAACUCAUGGGGUCUUUACGUUGAGGGUGUACUAGUAAGUGUUAGUAUUUAGUACUAUGCUGAUGGCUGUGUGUGUGUUUUGUUUUGGAGAAAUGUUUGGACCUAUGAAACCAAGUAAAACUAAGCCUUGUUCCAAAGUGAACAGGACUUUGAACAGCUUCUGAGCUAUCCUUGUUUGGGGCUCAGCUUCCAAAAGAAAAAAAAAAGGAAAUUGCUUUAACAAUUAACUUAUUGAGAAAUACCUGUAGUGGCCAACCCCUUUUAUCUCUUAAGAAUACUUAUUUGACUCUCUUAUCUGUGAGAAUUUUAAGAAAUUAAACAUUUCAUUUUCUUAGUAUACAUGUUGUGAGCCUUUUUUUUCCCCAUCUAGACCUACUUGAUCAAAACCUGUUCAUGAGUCGCACAAAUCAGGACAAGGGAGACAAUUCUCAAAAAAAAAAAUCAGUAAAAGGGAUGAAGGGAACAAGAAGAGUUGCCUAUCUUAAUCACAUUUAUAUGCACAAGUCUUGUGGAAUUUCUCUGUAGUCCACUUGGUAAAAUAUUGUUUCACUUUGCAUCUCAUGUAACACAAAAGAAAUCUAGUUCCAUGUCUGAAAAUGAUUUUUUUUUUUGUUAGAACUGUUUCAGAAAGUAUUCUUUAAAAAUAUCUUUUUUUUUUGUAACAUUCAAACAUUUCAGAAUAGUUUAUUGAAGAUUUACAGUUUGAACCAAUAGUCUUGAAACACAAGUUUUGUAUUGGUCACAAGGCUGUUUAGUUUUAGAACCUAGAGAAUUGUCAUUACAAAAUAGACACUAACAUAUGAGUGAACUUUGUGUUGUUAGCAUUGAUUGUAUUGAACAUAGAAGAGCAAAACGUUGUGUGCAGGUGCUGUACUUUUAUUUGGAAAUGGUCAGAAAUAAAUUCAAUUUUUAAUUUGUA